CAUUAUAACGUGUACAGAAAAAAAAAUAAAAGAUCUUUAAAGGUUUACUUGUAUCCUCGCUUUUUAAAAAAUAUAUUAGCACCAUUAGAAAAUGCGCAAUUUAAAAAUUAUUUUUUUUAUCGAUCGUUAUCACGUAUAUGUGUUUCGUUAAGUAGUGCCUUUUCGUUAAGCGCAAGAAUUCAUUUGUAUAGAAAGAAUAUAAAUAAUAUAUUAUUAACACAGCUAUUAUUGAAUAAUGAAAUUUUAAUAAAAAUAUUAAGAAUAUGUUGGUUAUAUAAGUUAAGUCAUCUCAUUGACAAAAACAUAAAAUCAUGUCGCUAUUUAUCAACCAUGUUUUAUAUUAUUAGUAUAUAUAUAGAUAUAUUAUUUACCUAUGAUUUUUCAAAUAAUCCUUAUUUUUACUGCAUGCUUUAUUCUGCUUCCUCCAUUUUAAAAAGCUUGAGUAUGCUUACAUACACGUCCAUCAGACCAAUUACAAACGUUCAUCUAUGGCAAAUUCUGUCUAGUUGUUCAGAUAGAAAUUAUCAACAAAAAACCUUUGGAUUAAUAACAGACGGUGCAAAUGAGAAUGGUCAGGAUGUGCAUUUAAGUGAUAAUAAACACAGAGAUGAAAAAAAGUUGAAGGAUCAUACGAAUGCUAUUAAUAACGUAUGCGAUGCGUUUACGAAUAAUAUUUCUUCAGGAAAGGAGGAUGUAUAUAAUGAUGAGAUAGAAGUGGGCAACAACAACAGUGUAAACCUUCGAGGUGAUCCUACUGAUAGUCAUGAUGAUUGUCAUGCUGAUAACCAUCGUAUACCAGAAAAUCAUGCAAAUUAUAUGCCAAGGAAAACAUUCUUCAUAGGAGAAGUUAGUGUAAUAGUUGACUUACUCUCGUCCCUCGUGGACUUACUAACAGCUCUUCUUUUUUCACGUGCAAUGAAAUACAUAAAGCAAAAGUUUUAUUUUUAUAUUUUGUUAUCCUCUGUACAUUUGUUUUUCUCAUACAAGGAAUUACAGCAUUUACUAAUGUACGAAAGCAAGAUUUAA